UAAAAACCAAAUUUUUGUUGCCGAAAAAUCAAAAUUUGUUCCGAAUUCAACCGAAAAUGGCAGUCGUCUUCCCCACAGCCUCCUACAAGUGGAAUAACAAGGUAUUUCCAUGGCCAAAUUCUUGCCUGUUACCCUCCUUCUCAAUCCCCUGCAACCGUCGUUUAUUGUCAACCAACCGUGUCUUCUCUUAUCCGCUUCAUGGCCGUCGUCGUAUAUCUCUUUCACUUCCCUCCGAUACUAGUCGUUGUCUCGCAGCUAAAUCCCCGCCGCCUCCUCCUGAUUCCGACCCACCUCCAGGUUCAGCAGGUCUUUCUAAAUUACAGGACAGAAUACAGAUCUUCUUUGCUGUUCUUUUCUGGAUGUCUCUAUUCUUCUGGGCUUGUGUAUGGGAUGAUAGGAGUAGACCAAACAAAGGAUCAAGAUUUAGAAGAUGACCUAGUAAGCAUUGAUUCUGUAUAUAAUUGAUCAGUGGGGAGCAAGCAAAUACUUUGAUUUCAGCAAGUACACGUUGGUUGGGUUACAAGAUUGUUCAAUUUAGUUCAGAAUACUGUAGUUGUUAAAUACAAGGAUGAAUGUGUAAUAGCAAGUUCUUUUCUGUUACAUUUAGUAAUACAGGAGAUCUUUAAAUUCAGUUGGAAAUUGUAAAAGAGUAAAGACAAUAAUGUAUAGUAAUUCCAAGGUCUUUUCAAUCACAAUAUGAGCGAUCAUUUUUCAUUGUCA